GGGACAGACCAACCGGCGGACCAGGGUGUGCCUGGGCGGCCUUACCUUCAGACCGUCCCCUCACAUCAACACCCCCCGUUUCUCUACACUAAUGGGCCGGCCCGGCAGGGGCGGGACGGGCAGUAAGUGACACCGGCGGCGGCCCCGGGCCGGGUGUCUUCAUGAAUAACUUAAAUGAUCCUCCCAACUGGAACAUCCUGCCGCAUCACAGAGAGCCCAGGGAUGAAGGCAGCAGGUGGAAUUAUGCCUUGCUGGUCCCCAUGCUGGGUUUGGCUGCCUUCCGCUGGAUCUGGACCAGAGAAUGUCAGAAAGAAAUAGAAAGAGAAAAAAGAGAAUAUUAUAAAAAGCAGUCGUCUUUACAGAAAGGCCUGGAAGCCAAAUACCGGGAUAUAAUCACAGAAAAUCGUCGUGCAGUUGCACAUUUGGAGCUGGAGCUUGAAAAGGAACGCAAUAGGACCCUGAGUUACCGUGAAGCCCUCGUGUCCCAGAGUCGCAAACUAGUGGAAGAAAGAAGGAUCCUAGAGCAGGAGCAAGAGAAGUUAGAGAGAGAAAAAGAAGUUCUUUUGCACUCGGGAGCAGCAGGAACCUUGUACCAAAGCUGUCUGGCAAAGGAAGAGGAGUGGCAGAAGAGAGCCAACACUUUACUAAAAGAAUUUGAAGAUGGGCUUAAAGAAAGACAGGAAAUCUACUGCAGUUUUGUAGUCCCUAAAAGCCAGAGACUAGAAAUAGAGAAAAAUCUACUAGUUAAAGCAGCAACUGAUCCGGUUGCUAUGGCUUUACAUAUGGAAAGUGGCUUAAAAGAUAUUUUCAAACAUGAUAACUAUUGUGGAAAUCUGAUGAACAAAAGCAGAAGUCAGAACGGAAGGCUGAUGUGGCUGUAUUUGAGAUAUUGGGAACUAGCUAUUGAAUUACAGAAGUUCAAAAGGGUAGAAAAUGUAAUGUUAGGAAAACGCUAGGGGAAAUAAUGGUGAUUUAUACAAUCUACUAUGAAGAUGAGGGACAACCACAGCUGUAGUCUGAAGCUGAUAAGUUCUCUUUCUGCAUUGCAGUUUCUGCUCUUCGUUGCAUUUGUAUCUGCAUGGGAUGUGCAGUGUUGUUUAACAAUAGAUGCUCCAGUGAGCUGUGCAUGCUCUAAAA